AUGUCUCUGUCUUCUAAGUCUGAACCCACCAGAUUUGACGACACCGUCAAACACCCUUGUUGGAGAGAAGCCAUGAAUCAUGAAAUUGAGGCUUUAAUAAUGGACCGGACCUGGGAUGUUGUUCAUACUCCUCCUCAUGUUCGUCCCAUUGGGUGCAAAUGGGUUUACAAAAUCAAGAGGUUGCCCGAUGGUAGUGUUGAGCGGUACAAAGCCCGUCUCGUUGCAAAGGGAUUUUCUCAAAUUGAAGGUGUUGACUACUUCGAAACCUUCUCCCAUGUGGUUAAAAUGUCAACAAUCCGUGUAGUCCUUGCCCUUGCCUCCAUCAAUCGUUAG